CUCUCGUUUCCCCCGGUGACGUCCUUCCUGUUUCACCGUACAACACGUGUGCGCUGCACAGUUAGCAGCUAACGGCAACAACAGCAGCCGAACUCCAGCUCCCACAAACCUCCCGGCGGCUUCUACUUGUUUCUUUGCUUGUGCAGGGCUUCGCCGACUCCGCCGCCAAGAUGGUGAAGCCUCAGUUUAAGGGGAGAAGCUCCAUAAACACCUCGACAUCCAGCAGCAACCCCGAUCGAGCCAAGGGGGCUGGUGGGAACAACAUGAGGGACCGAGCCACUAUCAAGCGUCUGAAUAUGUACAGACAAAAACAGAGAUGUAAUAACCGUGGAAAAGUCAUCAAACCUUUACAGUUCCAGUCCACAGUGGCUCCGGGGACUGUAGCCAGAGUUGAACCCAACAUCAAAUGGUUUACGAAUACCCGUGUCAUCAAACAGUCAUCUCUCCAGAAGUUCCAGGAGGAGAUGGGAGCGAUACAGAAGGAUCCAUAUCGGGUGGUGAUGAAACGAAGCAAACUCCCAAUGUCUCUUCUGCACGAUAGAGUCAAAGCCCAUAACUCCAAGGUGCACAUUCUCGACACAGAAGGUUUUGAGACCACGUUUGGACCCAAGGCUCAGAGGAAAAGGCCCAGUCUCGUCGUGGGGGACAUGAAAGAUCUCCUCGAGCAGGCUGAGGCCUCGGCCCUGAGCUACAGUGCAGACAAGGACAAAGACCUGGUCACUGAGGACACGGGGGUCCGGGACGAAGCACGUGAGGAAAUCUUCAAGAAGGGUCAGUCCAAGAGGAUCUGGGGAGAACUUUACAAGGUGAUUGACUCAUCUGACGUUAUCAUCCAAGUGCUGGAUGCCCGUGAUCCCAUGGGAACACGCUCCAAAAGUAUAGAGUCAUACCUGAAGAAGGAGAAACAGUGGAAACAUCUGAUCUUUGUACUAAACAAGUGUGAUCUCAUCCCCACCUGGGUCACGAAACGGUGGGUUGCUCUUUUGUCCCAAGAAUACCCCACUCUGGCGUUCCAUGCCAGUCUCACCAACUCCUUUGGUAAAGGUUCUCUCAUCCAGCUGCUCAGGCAGUUUGGCAAGCUCCACACGGACAAGAAGCAGAUAAGUGUGGGUUUCAUUGGUUACCCUAAUGUGGGAAAGAGCUCGGUCAUCAACACGCUGCGGUCCAAGAAGGUCUGCAAUGUGGCACCGCUCGCUGGAGAAACGAAGGUGUGGCAGUACAUCACUUUGAUGAGGCGCAUCUUCCUCAUUGACUGCCCCGGUGUUGUCUACCCUUCAGAAGACAGCGAAUCUGAUAUUGUCUUGAAAGGAGUUGUCCAAGUGGAGAAGAUCAAGAACCCAGAGGAGCACAUUGGGGCUGUACUGGAGCGGGCCAAGCCAGAAUACAUUCAGAAAACCUACCGCAUCCCGACCUGGGAGACUGCGGAAGACUUUCUUGAGAAGCUUGCAUUUCGCACAGGGAAACUUCUAAAGGGUGGUGAACCAGAUCUCUCAACAGUCUCCAAGAUGGUGUUGAACGAUUGGCAGAGAGGACGUAUCCCCUUCUUUGUUAAACCCCCUGGACCUGAGGGGGAUCAUGAGGAGCUGCUGCCAGUGGCAGGACCCUCAGAGGUAGCUGAGGAUGUGCCGGAGGAACAGCCAGAAAAUCCAGAUGCCACAUCAGAAGAACAUGAGGAACACCAGCAGAGGCAGAAGGAGCAGGUCCAGAAGAUUCUCGCCAAUGUGCGACAGAACUUUGGGAAGAUUAACGUGGCACCUGAGUUCAGCGAGGAAGACUUGGUUCCCGUGGAGAUACCUGAGCUGGACAUGUCUGACUUAUCUGGCUCCGAGGACGAGGAAGAUUGUGAGGACGAAGAGAAGGGAGAAGAGGACACGACCGCAGUUGAGCAACCUGAUGGAGAAAUUGAGGAUUCCGAUGCGAUAAAGGCUCAGACUGGAGAAGCAGACGACAGUAAGAGUUCACGUCAGACAAUCCGUGAGCUGGAUGAGAAGAUCGCCAAAUACAAACAGUUUCUGGACCGCGCCAAAACCAAGCGCUUCUCUGCAAUCCGGAUACCCAAGGCACUGUCUGACAAAGCGCUCGCAGACAUCAAGACGAAACAAGCAGCAGCUCAGACGAAAGCUGCAAACCAAAGAGGCAAGAAGAGGACAGCUGAGGAUGAAGAGGAGCCUGCGCAGAAGCACAGACUGACCUCUAAACAGAGAAGAGCGAUGGACCGUGCGAAGAGGACGAAGAAAGUUGGCGUUCGCUAUUACGAAACACACAAUGUGAAAAACAAGAACAAGAACAGAAAGGCCCCAGCAGCAGCCACAGAGGGCCAGAAGAGCAAACGAUCAAAGCACUAAGGCUGGAGUUAUAAAACACAACAUCUGUAAUAAAUCGUUAUUUAAUUUGGCCCAAAAGUGCCAAGUUUUUAUUGAAAAAGGAGAGUUGAUAAAAAGUGGAAUUCUACCUUUAUUAAGUGGACAUGUGAUGCCUUAUUCAGACUGUCACUCGGGAAAAUCACGUCAUUUCUACCUUUUGAACUUUCUUUUUCCUUCAACCCCUCUGUGUUUGAAUGACAUUUCAUUCAUCAUUUACAGGUGUAAUGCUCUUGAUGUUCGAGAGAAAUGUACAGUUAUAGUUUGAACUGUACUUGUCUUGAAGAAAAAUAAAAUAUUUGCAAAUUACACUCGAUAUACAUGAUUUUCCUAAGACAAAUGGGGAAAUGGUAACUCAGGGUUUUGUAGUUUUCAGUUACUUCCUCUGUGUGAUGAUCCCUUCGAGCUGGGUCUGAAAAGAAAGACAAAUUUGGUUGGUAUGACUCUUAAGACGAGUAACACGGCUUCUGUUGACGCUUGGAAAACACAUGUUCUUUUAUAUGUGAUGAUGAAACCUCACCUUGAGUUGCUGAUUGGUUCUCUUUAGGAACUGAAUCUCCUCUGUGUGCUUUUUUUCCUCCACCUGUCGCUUUUCAGUUUCUCUCUUUUCGAUCAUGUCACAUCGAGCUUUCUCUUCGUUCAGUUGUUUCUUCAGGUCUUGAAUCUCACUCUCCAGAUCAGAAGUCUAGAUACAUAUGUGAGCAAGUUACAGAUGCAGGAUCGAUUCUGUAAAAUGUGCUGCCACCAUCUUUAUUUGAGGGACUCUUAAAGAUAAAUGGCGCUCUCUGCUGGACUUCUAACACAAAGUUUUAAUUGUAAACCCAUAUCUCUAAAUUACAUGUCCAAAUUAUCUUUGAAAUGCAAAAUUUGAGAUUUUGCAAUCAUUGUUCCUCUGUAUUUGUAAUUCAUAACAAAUAAAAUAAACUCAAUGUCCUUA